CUUGACAUGGAUUCUCAGGUGCACCAGAACUAUCACAUGGAUUGUGAGGAUGCUGUGAACAACAUGGUGAACCUGGAGCUGUAUGCCAGCUACGUCUAUCUUUCCAUGUCCUACUAUUUCCAACGUGAAGAUGUUGCACUCAAACAUGUAGCUGCAUUCUUGAAGAAAGAGUCCCUCAAGAAGAGGGAAUAUGCGGAGAAGUUCUUAAAAUACCAAAACAAACGAGGAGGAUGCAUUGUCCUCCAGGACAUUCAGAAGCCAGACCGGGACGAGUGGGACACCAGCCUGGAAGCCAUCCAAAGUACGUUGCAGCUGGAACUCAAUGUGAACCAGGCUCUCCUGAACUUGCACAAACUGGCUACGGAGAACAGGGAUCCACAUCUAUGUGACUUCCUACAGUCCCAGUUUUUGGAGGAACAAGUGGAGACUAUCAAGCAGUUGGGAGACCACCUGGCUAACCUGAGGCGCCUGGGAGUGCCCCAGGAUGGCCUGGGGGAGCACCUGUUUGACAAGCUCACCCUGGGGAAUGGCAGUUGA